UGGUAACAUAUUUAAAAUUAGGUUCUACUGUCUCUGAUUAGUUUAGUUCAUGCUUUUAACCUUAGUUUCUGUCUUUUUACUAAUUAAUAGUUGAAAAAGAUUGAAUAAUAGUGAAAUUAAUAGUUGAAAAAGAUUGAAACAUGGCAACUGCUGAUGAAAGUUUUGACCAGUUUGAAGAUGAUGAGACUCCUGACGUGGCUGCCUCAGAAAGUGCUGGACCAAGUUCAGGUGUGAGGAAAAGACUGUUCUCCAAGGAGCUCCGAUGUAUGAUGUAUGGCUUUGGUGAUGACCAGAAUCCUUACACUGAGAGUGUUGACAUGCUGGAAGACAUUGUUGUAGAAUUCAUUACUCAAAUGACGCAGCAAGCAAUGGAAGUUGGUCGUUCAGGGCGCGUGCAGGUGGAGGAUGUGCUCUACCUUGUCAGAAAAGAUAAGAGAAAAGCUGCCAGAGUGCAUGAGCUGCUGAAUAUGAAUGAAGAACUCAAGAAAGCCCGUAAAGCCUUCGAUGAAGUCAAAUAUGCUGGUUCAUCCUAGCAUGAAGCCCCUUAGUAGUUCUGAAGUCACUUCGCACAGUAAUGAAGAUAAUGGAGACAGGCGUUUUCUUUCAAAUCUUGGCGGGCUUCGAUGUGGAUGGAUGUUCGAUCCUGCCAGAGGCUACCUGGUCCGAAAUUUUGGCCAGAAUCCUGCAAGGUCCGCCGCUGCCGCCGGUGAACUUGAUGGGCAAAACUGUCACCUCUGCGCCAAUGUCAGGCAGCAGCUGAUGAAAUCGAUAUGUUAAAUUUUAUGAAAUAUUAUGUAAAAUCUUACAUUGUUUCGUUCACGCCUUAAUCUUGUAAUACUAUUUGUAAAAAAAAUCAAGAUAACAUUACUAGUUAAGGAUGGGAUAAGCUUAACGAGGCAGGGAGCUUUAUAUCUUACAUCCUAAAUUUCAUAGUAGACGGCUAUCGCAACCUAUUUUUUGCUUCAAAUGUGCAUGUUUAUUUUCGACAUUUUUUUAAAGCUGAUCUGUUCAAUAGUUAAAUUUACAUCGAGGUGUGCUGUUUACAAAAAUUAAUAGAUAAAAAUAUCGAUUAAGUCAUAGCCUUCUCAUGAAAAAUUGCUUUAAUAGUAUUCAACUAUUUUCUAUAGUCAUGGAUUUCUCAAAUUUUGUAUAAUUUCUUAUUGUAUUGAAUUUCUCAUUAAGUUAUUCGUGCAGUUACAUGUAGAUUGGCCACGUGCUCAAUUCGGUAGAUAUUUUUCGCAGCGAGGACUUGGUGAGCGGGAAAUGUGGUAGAGUUGCCAGGAUCAAGAGACGGGGUGUCCAGUCCAGUCCAACUCCCAGCACGCGGCGUCCGUGCGUUUCGUUGUAGUUCGCGAGAAUCUCGGCUGCCCCUCGGCUCAGACCUGAGAACGACGGAAGUUGAUAACCUGGCUGAACUUGGCUCCGCAGGAAUAAGAUUCCUCUUGAUCGCGUAACGUUAAUUUUUCUUAACCCCAUUUGGCAUUGCUUAAUGAUCAUUUAUAUGAAGAAAUUAACGGACUGUAGAUAGAAAAACACUUGAGGGGGUGUGUUAAUGGAAAAUCGAAACUUUUAAAAAGAUUGACAGUGAAUACGAGUCACCUGGAUGUUUCAUCUUGGUCACAUCUUUAGAAUCGGUGCCGAAGUAUGCAGUUUGGUUGAAGUACCUUGGAAAGAAUUAAAUGAAAAUUUAACGCAUAGAUUUGUGUUAUCAAUGUUCUACAGAUUUAUGAUCUUUUCAAGUUUGAGAAAUUUUUAGUUCGUAUAAAGUAGGUAUAUCCGAUUGGCAUGUUUGAUGGGUGCUUUUAACGAUUGUUAAUAACUUAUUCUUAACUCACCUCUCCCCCCAUCCUGUUCGAAUGAAAACAACAACGCCGUCAGGAAGAGACCCGUGCUUCUCCAGCCACUUGUUGAGGUCUUCAGUUGACAGUUCGGCGUUGUCACUUAGACUGGCUCUUGCCUUCAUGUCUACCACGACCGCUGCACAGAGACAUCAUUUAUUGUAUCACAAUUAUCACAAUAUAGUUGAAAUAUGUAGCUCGCUAACAGGCUCUGCUUGUAUUUAUACUAUCGUAAGAUUAUUCAAAAUAAAGCAUAUCAUGAGAAGACUGCGUUCGCACCAACACGUUCUUUACGGGAUAAAAUCUUAAUAUUCCUUAACAGAAUUAUUCAUUAAGUUUAACGUCAUGAGAUAACUGAAAUACCUUAAACCUUUAAUGCUCCUAGAUUUGCUAUGACAGUUUUACGUAGUAUAACUUCACGAUAUAAUAUCUUGUAUUGAUAAAUAUGCCAGCGGCUAACCUGGCCCCACUAGAUCCUCGAUUGGGAUAUUGUCCACUGUUAGACCAUGCUCGUAGAAAUGGCUUGGGGCGUCCAAAUGAGUAGAAAUGUGUUCCGGGAAGGCGACAUCGUAUGCCGUCAACCUGAAAUUUCCAUAAUAAAACCAAUUAAUGGUGCAGGGAGUAAGUCGGUUAACUACAGUCGACCUUUUUUUUUUU